AGGUCUAAUCCACAAGGCAGUGGGCCAACGUAAGGAGAUGUUGUUAUAUGGUAAAAGGUGACCAACGAUUUGUUCAUACGCCAUUUGUCCCUUCAGGUUCAUGGAGCCUAUGUACACCAUUAAUUUGAAAUGGUGGUUUUCCGACUCCCCCAGGUGAACCCUUCAUGUCUACCAAGCUGGUCAGAGUGUCGGACAUUCGCUUUCCACCCUCUCAAUUUCGUAAACAAUAGUAAUGCCGCGAGAAGACAGUGAAUAAGACUUCCCUGGCAAUGGUUGUUGUACAUAAUUACUCUGUAUCUAUCGAUUUUUUCCAUGUUGUUUUUUAGAUUUGUCAAUAUGAACUAUGGUAAUCCAAAAAACUCUGCUGCAAUUUUAGAAAAAAGUCUGACUAAACUACGUGGUGAUGUUAAUAUAGCAUCUUUUGCUUAUUUAUUUGUGGAGUUAGUCAAAUAUUCAAUGCGUAAUGUAUCCAGUAUGGAUCUUGUUCAGAAAAGAUUAUCAGAUUUUGGUAAAUUCGUUGGUGAACGUAUGAUUGAUGUAGUUUAUCUACGGGAUAAAUCAACUAAACGUGAUAUACGUUUAUAUAAUGCCUUAAUUUUUUUAAAAUCAAAUUUUUGGAAAAAUUUAUUCAAUAAAGAAGCUGAUGAAUUAGAACGUGAUGGAAUUGAUGAAAAUAUUUUUUAUAUGAUUGAACAUGAACCAAUAGUGAAUCGAUUUACUCGAUUUACUUAUGAAGAAAAAGAUGAAAAACGUAAAACAUCUGCUCCAUUGAAUAUUGCAGCGUUUAAUGCUGGAAUUGUUGAAGCAUUCUUAUCAACUAUUGGUUUUCCUUGUACAGUUACGGCAACCUGGUACAAGGGAACUGCUUAUGUGAUUAAAUUUGACGAGUCCGUGAAUAUUCGUGAAAGACAAUUGGAUAAUCGAUGAAUAUAAUUCGUAUUAGGCUAAGUUGUAUAAAAACUUUAUCAAGAUCUAAUGAAUGACCUAACUUUCCUGUGAUUAUCCAUUUACUAAAUACAUUGAUUUUUACAUC